CGUGGGUGCGUGCGCGUACCUGUGUGGGCGCGUGCGCGUUCCUGUGUGGGCAAUCAGUCACCUACGCACUGAGGUGCAGAUAAAUCAGUAAUUUCAUAGAAGUUUCUCAAUCUAACGCUUCGUCUGUUGCGGUCUCUUACACACACUCGACAUGUCGGACAUGGAGCCCAAAUCAGCCCAGGAUUUAACCGUGGUGGUGCAGAGUUUACUGCAGCAAAUGCAGGACAAGUUCCAGACCAUGUCUGACCAGAUUAUCGGGAGAAUCGACGACAUGAGCACCCGCAUCGACGACCUGGAGAAGAACAUCUCUGACCUCAUGACUCAGGCAGGCGUGGAGGAGUUUGAUGGAGAGAACAAAUUUGGCGAUGCGUCAGGAACAGCUUGAUCAAGACAAAGAGCCACCGAUCAAAUUAGUGCAUGAGCAAUAAAGCAACGACAUGGGGUUUCGAACCAUCUUCUCACUACUCAGAUCGCUCACAGUGAACUAACUAUGCAAACGAAUUCAUUCCAUCUGAAAGAUGCGUCUCGGCUGCUGGGUUAGAGGUCCAGGAGAUGGAGCUGGUUUGGCUCGAUCUUCUACUGCUGCAUUUAUUUAUUUAUUUAUUAAAGAUUACUUAAACUAGCUGAUUCUGACAAUGUGAAAAGUAAAAGUAAUACAAAAAUGAAACCUUCUUUACCACCCAUCAUACUUCUGACCCCUUACCCAUUAUACUUCUUACCCCUCAUGCUUCUGACCCCUAACCCCUUAUACUUCUGACCAUGACCCCUUAUACUUCUUACCCCUCAUGCUUCUGACCCCUAACCCAUUAUACUUCUUACCCCUCAUGCUUCUGACCCCUAACCCCUUAUACUUCUGACCAUGACCCAUUAUACUUCUUACCCCUCAUGCUUCUGACCCCUAACCCCUUAUACUUCUGACCAUGACCCCUUAUACUUCUUACCCCUCAUGCUUCUGACCCCUAACCCCUUAUACUUCUGACCAUGACCCCUUAUGCUUCUGAUUCCACCCUUCAUGCUUCUGACCCCUGACCUGUCAUGCUUCCUAACCCCUGAAUCCACCCCUCAUGCUUCUGACCCCUAAACCCUUAUACUUCUGACCACGGACCCCUUAUACUUCUGACCCCUCAUGCUUCUGAUUCCACCCUUCAUGCUUCUGACCCCUAAAGCCACCCCUCAUGCUUCUGAAUCCACCCCUCAUGCUUCUGACCCCAGACCCCGCCCCCUUACACAUACGACCCCACUCCUUACACAUCUGACUCCACCCACUACAAUUCUGACUCCACCUCCUGGACUUCGGCAUUAAACGGUAGCUGGAAAGGUUUGCAUUCUAACUUUAGAAGAAGUUCUGGUUUUUACAUCUUAUUUUUAAGAUCUAAAAGUCUAUUUAUUUUGUUUUAAAAAGUAAAUAUAAAUAAUGCUGCAAAAAUACAAGCUCUUUCUGCACAUGCAAUUUAUUCUUCAUCGUUAUAUUAUUAUUAUUAUUAUUAUUAAUAAAAAAAAGAUAUUGAUUCCAUUGAUUGCA